AUGAGUAAUAGUGUGAGAACUUCAAUUUUAAAAAAGCUAACGGAAUCUUUACAAAAUAUUAAUAAUAUAAAUGUACAUAAUAUUGCAUCUUAUUUGCAUCUAGAAGCAAACAAAGGAAAUGGAAUAUAUUCAUUUCUACUUCCUCUGAAAAGCAAAUAUUUUGAUAUACAGAAUGAAAUAUAUAAAAUCAUAAAUAAUAAUCAAGAUGAUAUUUUCAGCAACAUCAAUUUAAAAAGUCAUGUAAUUUCUUUUAAUGUCUCCAGAGAAAAAUGCAUUAAGAAUAUUUUGGAACAUAAUUGUUCCACAAUAUCAGCUCCAACUUUCAUAAAUAGUAAAAGAAAUAUAAUAGUAGAAUUUAGUUCACCCAAUAUUGCAAAACCCUUUCAUGUAGGACACUUGAGGUCCACAAUUAUAGGAAAUUUUGUUGCUAAUAUCAGUAGUUUUGUAGACAAUAAUAAUGUCAAGAGACUAAACUAUUUGGGUGAUUGGGGCACACAAUAUGGUUUAGUUCAACUGGGGGUCAAUAUGGCAAAUAUUGAUGAAGAUGAGAUGAAGAAAAGCCCUAUAAAAGCAUUGUACAUAGCAUAUGUUACUGCCAAUAAAUUGGCUGAAACAGAUCCUUCUGUGUUGGAACGUGCGAGGGAAAUAUUUAAUGACUUGGAAACUGGAGCAGGGGUUACGGGUGAACAAUGGAAAGUAUUUAAACAAUAUACCGUCGAAGAAUUAAAGCAGAUUUAUGGUAGAAUUGGUGUCACAUUUGACGAAUAUCACUGGGAGUCAAUGUACAGUGCUAAAAGUAUGGAUAAGAUAAUUAAAUUAAUGGAAAAGAUGCAAUUGUUAACAACAGAUGAACAAAACAGAAAAAUCAUAAAUCUGGGCAAUGGAAAAAAUAUCCCUGUCAUAAAGAGCGAUGGAUCUACCUUAUACAUAACUAGAGAUAUCGCAGCAGCUAUAGACAGAUUUGAGAGGAAUAACUUUGACUGUAUGUAUUAUGUGGUGGAUAACACGCAAGCUGGACAUUUCUCAAAUUUGCUAGAAAUACUGAAACAAAUGGAAAUACCAUGGGUAGAAAGAUUAAAGCACAUAAGGUUCGGCCGAAUACACGGUAUGCGUACAAGAAAGGGAAAUGUAAUGUUUCUAGAAGAUAUCUUGAAUACUGCCAGAGACACUAUGAAGCAGAGACAACUGGACUCACCCACCACCAAGGUUCCCAUGAAUUUGACGGAUAAUAGCUCGGAUAUAUUGGGCAUUUCUGCAAUGAUGAUUAAUGAUUUGAAGAAAGAUCGGCAACGAGAUUACACGUUCGAUUGGGACGCAGCAUUUGACUUGAAAGGAAACACCGGUGUAAAAUUGCAAUAUACACACUGCCGUCUGGUCAACUUGGAGCGCAACUGCGGCGCAAUCUUAACUUCCGAGUGCGAGCCAAGCCUUUUACAAGAAGAAGUCGUCGACGAUCUAAUCUUGCUAAUUGCCAAGUUCGAUGAAGUAAUAUUGAAAUCAUACAAAGAGAUGGAACCAUGCGUGUUGACAGCAUAUCUCUUUAAACUGAGCAACACAGUUAAUAGGGCUUUCAAAACGUUGAGAGUGAAAGACGAACCGACGGAUGUUGCUAGCCAGAGAUUGCUGCUGUUUCAUGUUGCUAAAAAUGUCCUCGCGCAAGGCAUGAGAUUACUCGGCCUAACGCCUUUGGAAAAAAUGUAAUGAAACGAAGAAACAAAGAAGAUGAAAUGUAGUGCGUAGCGUUUUUAAUCCCAACGCCGUCUGUACAAAAUGUUAUAAGAUCUGGCGUGAGCGACUGCUAUGUGUCAUAAAAAGAAGAAGAAAAGAGACGAUUUUUCAGAUUGUACAAUGAUACUUUUCAAUAAUAUCGUUUCGUACGAA